AUGAAAGACGCUUGGGUCCCGGGUGCACUCACUUUGAUCUUUGUCCUGAUUUCCAGUCUCCAAGGAGUAAGCGCCAAUGAGGGUGUAAACACAUGUGACAGCUCAAGCUACCCCAAAGGAUUUACAUGCUGUGGCAAUGAAUGCUGCCCAGAAAGAAAGCCCUGGGAACCUAAAACCUGGGAUCCUACAAAUGAACCCUUUAGGAUCUUGUUCAUCAUCUUAUUGGUCAUGGUCGCCCUCCUUUGCAUCUGUGAGCUAAUGAGGUGCUUCUGUCCCAAGUGCUUAGAACUACAGCUUGAUGUCAGAACAGGGGAUCAUCAGAUUCCCCCAGGACCGACCUCCAUUUCUGCCCUAGAGAGCAUUUGGGUUAUCCCCUUGGAUCUUCCACCAUCCUACAGUCAGGUUGCUCUGAAUCCAACUCCCACAGAACCACCUCCUCCCUACAGCCUCAGGUCUGAGGGCCCUGCUGGUCAGAUGAGAGGGAAUGCCUAUGCAACCCUGUGA